AUGAGGGAAUUGGAAGGCAAAAUUGUUGUUUUGCUGCGCACGAGUAGUGUGGCCCGGGCGCCGGUGUACCGCCACCUCCGCGCGAUGGGUGUUCUUCUCCUUCUCGUCCACCCCACACCGCCGGCCCCCGCCUUCGACGGUCUUUUUCUGCAUCAACUCACACACGACACCCACGACCCGGAGGCGCUCCUGCCAGCACUCACACAGUUUCUCGCAGACCUCAACCUCACCCCAGAUGCCGUUAUCUCCUUUGAUGAGUACGCCGUCUACCCGGCGGCCGUCAUUGCCCAGCAGAUGGGAUUUCGGCCUAUUCCACUUCCCCCACAGGAGUUGCGUGGGGUGAGUGUAAAGUCGAUCUUUCGUAGUUGGUGUAGGGCGCACGGUGUCGCAUCACCGGCGUCAGUCGUCCUCACGCGUCCAUCGCCGGAACAGCAAGAAAAUCUGCAGACACACAUUGCGGAGGUGCUGCAACAGGCGGGAUUGACAUUUCCUGUUGUGAUGAAACCCUGUCCUGGGGCUGGAAGUCUACUGGCAAAACUAUGCUUCAACGUGGAGGAGGUGCGUGAACAGGCACUUGUGAUGUGGAGAACCUUCAGCACGCAUGCGGAUGUAAAACACUUUGAGGCAUUACUUAAUACAGCGGAGGAGACGGGGGAGAAAAAGAUGCAGAUAUUGGUUGAAGAGUUUAUUGAAGGGCAAGAGGUAGAUCUUGAUUGCUGUGUUGAAAAUGGUCAAGUGGUGUUCUGUAGCAUCUCCGACAAUUUUGAAACUUGUCCACCUUUCUUUGUGGAAGAGGGUGGAUUAUGUCCUAGUGUAUUGCCUCAGCGUGAACAAGAGGCAUUACGACAACUCUUAGAGCAAUUUGUCUCAAUUCAUGGUGAAUGUUUACAUGGGGUAUUACACUUUGAGGCAAAGUACGACUUUAACAGACGCCAGGCGUAUGUGAUUGAAGUAAAUUGUCGUCUUGGUAGUGCAGAAACCAACACGAUGGUACGUACUUGCUACCGUGGAUUAGAACUAGGAGAAUCAUUAGUACGCUGUGCAUUGGGACUCUCCGUAGUGGAGCAACUCGCACGCCACUACCCAGAAGAAGUAUUAAAGCAAAAACACAUGUUAACAGGUCUGCGUGGUUGUUUUCCACCAACGUGCUUCUGCGCAUCUGUAAAUGUUUAUCCUACUAUGGAGGGUGUGUUGGUACGAGCGGAUGUGGAUACAACCGAUAAGAGUCUGGUGGAAUACAGUGUGUCUGGUGUGCCCGGAGUGUUCGUGGCCCCACCACCAAAAGCAUUUUAUCUCCUGGCAUGGAUGGUUGCGAAAGGCGCAACGGAGUCUGUGGCUCGAGAGGCCAUUAAACGAAUUACAAAUGACUUUGUACAAGAGAUAUCUGUGGCUCAAUGA